UGAAGAGCAUUCUACGCAAAGUUAUCAAUUUUUAGGCAGUCCUAACUUGUGUGUGUGUGUUUUCUGGAGCGGCAAUUUACAUUAGCCUCGUUGAGCAUCCCGCACGAAUGAGUUGCGGCGCCCUUGUUGCCUUUUCUCAGUGGACACCAAGUUACAAGCGGGCGACUGUGAUGCAGUUGCCACUAGCAGUUCUCAGCACGCUUUUUGGCCUAUUAUCGUGGUGGUCUUCAGCUGAUGGAGGAUGGCUCGCUGGUGCUCUGCUAAUA